GGAAAAAAGGUAAUUAUCUAAGGCUUGCACUUCAAAGUACCAAGAGAUUAAAAGAGUGCAGACUUAAGAAUUAAGACUGCGGUGGUGGAUCUUGCAGUAGAGUAGAAGGAGGAUUGAAGGAGAGAAAUGGAUCAGAUUCUGAACAAAGUUGGGUCCUACUGGUUCAACCGCAAGGCUACCAAGCAACUUGACUCUGUUGGUGAUGAUAUCAAUUCACUGUCAGACAGUAUUGGAGGCGGAACCCGAUGGUUGGUGAACAAAAUAAAAGGAAAGAUGCAAAAGCCUUUGACUGAGUUGCUAAAGGAGUAUGAUCUUCCUGUAGGGAUCUUUCCUCGUGACACAACGAACUACGAGUUCAAUGAAGAAACAAGGAAGCUCGUCGUUUACAUUCCUCAAGUGUGUGAAGUAGGCUACAAGGAUUCGUCGGUCCUGCGUUUCACCACCACCGUGACUUGUUAUCUCGAAAAAGGGAAGUUGGCGGAUAUAGAGGGAAUGAAGACCAAAGUAUUGAUCUGGACUAAAGUGACCGCGAUUUCAUCAGAAGGAUCAAAGCUCCAUUUCACUGCUGGUAUGAAGAAAACAAGGAGCAGAGAAGCAUAUGAGGUUUCAAGGGAUGGUGUGACCGUAGAAAAAUUCUGAUGGAUUAAGAAUAUAUAUAUACACCAUCCUUUCGUGUCUGUAAUUUGACAAUAUGUGAUAUAAUUUUUUUUUCUUCUUUUUUGAAAGUUAUAUAAAUUGUCUGUUCAAUGUUGUGAUUUGUUGGAACCUGAGACAUAAUAGUAAAUUCAGAUCUUGCUGUGUGGGUCGAUCAUUUUACU